AUGGCUUCAGUCAAAUCCUCACCACAUCUUCUCAGCCCCUCUCCACUCUCUGCCUGCAUGGAGGUCAAGCAGGAUCUUCUUGCGAACCUCCAAUCCGGCGCAGUGAUGCCCAUUGCGAACCCCAUUGACACAGCUAGCCCUCACCAGCCACCUACAACAAACUUGAAAAGCGAGAUCUUUGCCGGACUAAGCUCUCCUUCCCCCUUUCUUCCAUCUCUCCUACUCUGGGGGGACAAUGGCAUCCGCCACUUCAACAAACUCACCUUUCAUCCAAAAUACUACCCAAGCCGCACGGAACUGGCCAUGGUCAAGCGGUAUGCCGAGGAGUUCGCAUCCAUAACACCCGCGGGCAGCGUCCUUCUUGAAUUGGGCUGCGGAAGUCUCCAUAAAACAAGUAUCAUCCUUUCGGCCUUUGACCGUCUCCGCCGUCCGAUUAGUUACUAUGCACUCGACGUCUCCGAGGCUGAACUCCACGCAAGCAUCCAGAGGCUACGCCAGGAUUUCGCUCACUCGAAGUUCGUCUCCAUCCACGGUCUGUAUGGAACUUACGACGACUGUGCGGCGUGGCUGCUCUCCCUAUCGACCUCGGCCCGUCCUCGCGGUCUUCCCAACCUAGCCCCAGGCCAGGUCAUCUCCUUCCUAUGGAUAGGGAACAGUAUUGCCAACAUGCAUCCGCCAGAAGCCACAGCAAUGCUUUCCAAGUUCCAUCAAGCCUGUUCGGCAUCUCGACUCCAAUGCCGAUUCCUCAUCGGCAGCGACGCAUGUGGUGAACCCGCUACAGUGCUGAACGCAUACAACUCGGACCGACAAGGAGAUAGAUUACAAUUUCUACGCCAUAACGUCUCAGCAGAGUCUCGCUGA